ACAACAUGUACAGUAAGAGUCUCUUUCAUCCCCCCUCUAUACUCUUUGGUUUUCGAGCGUUAGGCAAAUAUCGCGAUAGCAGCCAUCAGACUCACUACGUAAUGUGCCGUGCUGCUUCUAGCGGCGCUGGUGACAGUGCUGAAAGCUGUUGGGUAUGAAGUGAAACGGGACUGAAUUUUUUUUGUACCAUCCGCAACUGCUUCAAAGUUCAGAUCACAAGAAAGAAACCGAAGAGAAAUUUCCAAAACAAAAUAAGCAACGUUGCAACUCCCAUGACUACAAGACACGUUGGCUCUAGGCUCAUUUCAAGGGUUUCAAACAACAAGUGUAACCAAAUCCUGAAUUGACCAAAGACCAACAUCAGGCCAGUCUACACAAGUAAAAGAGAAGCAAUCCUACGCCCAAACUAUUGAAGAGACGACAACAACUGAUCUGAAACCAGAAGUUUGUGCCUACUCAACAGCUUUGACAAAGCACACGUCCCAACGCUGCUCCUAGCUCUCCUCAUCCUCACCGCACCGCCGACUCGACACCGGGGUGUGGACUGAGCUGCUGUCUGCUCGUUUAUCUUAUUUUUCCAUAAACCUCCCGCUCCACACAUACAGUUUACCCCCUCCGCUCGCCCACUAUUUUCACCCAACCUUUUUCGAAGCAGUCUUUUUUUGUACCUGCUUUUGUCUUAAUUUUUGCGCAACAUUUCUUCCUGCUUUUGCUUGAUGCAAGCAUCUACAACUGGUGCCACAAGCCUGUAACAAGAGUGCGUGAGUGUGUGCUGGACCGUGUAUGAAGAGAUCUGCAGAAACAUAUUAGGCAUCAAGACUCUACCUGCACACUACCUUUUCAAAACAGCUAAUAAAGACAUCCAGCGAUGUAUCAUUGGGUGGUUUAAUCAGAACUAAUCAUUUACAGUCAAACAAACAGAAUUAAACAUAUAUACUUAUCAAAAUCAGCAGAAGCGCUCAAGCAAGCGUGGUUUGAGUUUAUGGGAAAAUAUGGGCAGCCCCUGGAAAGGCUUUGUUGAAUUUACCAUGCCCGCGUCGCCACCCACCACGUUUGUUAGCGCUGACCUGAGCACCACCUCCCCUGUCGGACUCAGCCUGUCGCCAUAUGGCCGAUCCCAUAGGCAAGGUCAAGCCGCAAUGUCAGAAAUGGAAAGGGCUACUUCGGAGCCCCCAGUGGCUCGCAGCACUGGCCCAUCCACCUCCUCUACCGCUCCCAUGUCUAUUCCCCGCUCCUCGUCGUUCUCUUGCCGUCCCCACUCGGGAAGUAGAAAACACAAGCGGACACCUUUGUACCAGAGAUCAAUGAGUUUUGACCCAGGCAUGCUCCAUAACAAUGGACACACUGCAUACGCCAAUGGAACAGGUCCUGGCAUUAGAGAGAUGGGGGUGAUAGAGAAGCUUUUGACUUCGUAUGGCUUCAUCCAGUGUUCUGAACGUCAGGCUCGUCUUUUUUUCCACUGUUCUCAGUACUGUGGCAACUUGGAGGACCUCAAAAUAGGAGAUGAUGUUGAGUUUGAGGUUUCCUCUGACAGGCGCACUGGCAAGCCCAUAGCAGUGAAGCUGCUUAAGAUUAAGCCAGAGGUGCUGCCAGAGGAGCGCAUUUCAGGCCAGGUGGGGCCAGACCUGCACGCCUAUCCCUUUACUGUGCUGCAUGGUUAUAUUCAUCCAGUUGUCUCCUCAAUUCCUGCAACUUUAGAUGGGAAGUCUGCUCCUGGCCAGGUGCCCACUGGAAGUGUUUGUUAUGAAAGAAAUGGGGAAGUUUUUUACCUUACCUACACUACUGACGAUGUGGAGGGCAAUACCCACUUGGACACUGGCGACAAAGUUAGCUUUUAUAUGGAGACCAACAAGCACUCUGGUGCGGUCAGUGCUCGUAAUAUCCAACUCGUGACGAAAAAGCAAAUGCGCUGCCAAGGUGUGGUGUGCGCUACAAAGGAGGCCUUUGGGUUUAUCGAGAGGGCUGAUGUGGUGAAGGAAAUUUUUUUUCACUACAGCGAGUUUAAGGGUGAUCUUGAGGCUCUGCAGGCGGGAGAUGAUGUUGAGUUCACAAUCAAAGACCGUAAUGGUAAGGAGGUUGCCACAGAAGUGAGACUUCUCCCUCAAGGAACAGUCAUCUUUGAGGAUAUCAGCAUUGAACAGUUUGAAGGAACAGUCAGCAAGGUCAUCCCCAAGGUUCCCACCAAAAACCAGAAUGACCCUCUCCCAGGUCGUAUCAGUGCUCGUAUUGGAUUCAGUGACAAAGAAAUGCCAUUUGGUGAAAAGGACACCAAGUCAAAGGUGACUCUUCUGGAGGGCGAUCAUGUUCAAUUCAACAUUUCCACUGACCGCAGAGACAAGCUGGAGCGGGCCACCAACAUCGAUAUACUCCCAGACUCCUUUGAUGUCACUAAAGAGACCCGUGAAAUGGGCGUGAUUGCUGCUAUACGUGACGGUUUUGGGUUUAUCAAGUGUGUGGAUCGUGAUGCUCGGAUGUUCUUCCACUUCAGUGAAGUUCUGGAAGAGAGCCAGCUGCACAUCUCUGAUGAAGUGGAGUUUACUGUUGUGCCUGAUAUGCUCUCUGCUCAGAGGAACCAUGCCGUACGCAUCAAGAAGCUGCCUAAGGGCACGGUGUCCUUUCAUACACAGUCUGAGCAGCGCUUUAUGGGUGUGGUGCAGAAAGAAGUUGUGUUAGCCACUGCUAAAAAUGCCAGUCCCAGCAAGGGCAAAGAAAAGGAACCUGAGGACGGGAUCAUCGCGUAUGAAGAUUGCGGAGUGAAACUUACUGUGGCAUACCAUACAAAAGACUUGGAGGGAGGAUAUCGCCCACAGGUUGGGGACAAGGUAGAGUUCUCUAUCAACGAAGUGAAAAGAAGCGGCCAGCAGACUGCAGUUUCCAUCAGGGUGGUGAACCGUAGUGCCAGUGGUGGCAAGAGACUGCUAGGCUUCAUUGCCACACUCAAGGAUAACUUUGGCUUCAUUGAGACUGCAAAUCAUGACCAGGAGAUCUUCUUUCACUACAGUGAAAUGUGUGGGGACUUGGAUGAUUUGGAGUUGGGCGACACAGUGGAGUAUACUCUUUCUAAGGGGAAAGGGAAUAAAGUCAGUGCUGAAAAGGUCACCAAAGUGACUGCCGUGAAUGGCAUUGGGGAUGAUGUUGAUACGACAGUGUUGGUGGGGAAAGUCAUCCGUCCAAUACGCAGUGUGGACCCCUCUCAGACAGAAUAUCAAGGGCUUAUUGAAGUCAUAGAGGAAGGGGGAGGUAAAGGCCAGACCUAUCCCUUUGGGAUUAUGGGUAUGGCUAACAAGGUUACCUGUCUGCAAAAGGGAGAGCAGGUGAAAUUCCAGGUUUGCACAAUAUCCCAGACUGGACAGAAGAUGGCCUGCAAUGUAGUGCCUCCGCGUAGAGCCUUGGUGGAGUUUGUCAAGGACCAGUUUGGUUUCAUCACAUACGAAGUUGGUGAGAGCAAGAAGCUUUUCUUCCACGUCAAAGAAGUCCAGGAUAACUUGGAGCUCCAGACCGGGGAUGAAGUGGAGUUCUCGGUAGUCUUCAAUCAACGCACUGGAAAAUGUAGUGCCUGCAACGUGCGCCGAGUCAGCGAGGGGCCAAAACCUGUGGCGACACCACGUCCGGACCGUCUGGUCAACAGACUGAAGAGCAUCACUCUGGACGACGCCAGCGCCCCUCGUCUCAUCAUCGUUAGACAGCCGCGUGGUCCCGACAAUUCAAAGGGCUUCAAUGUGGAGCGCAUGACUCGCCAGCCUGGUGUCAUUGACUGAGCAAUACUGUUUGGUGCUGGUAGACCAGGGAGGGGUUUGCUUUUGGGGGAGGGGGGGGAUACCUGUGAACCUGAUACGUCACGAGCCGCUUAAAACCCAAUACGUAUGCACACAGUGCAGCAAUUGGCCCACCUAAUUCAUGGAGCCAUGGCUAAAUGUUGGGCAAGUUCCCCCUCCUCCCCUUUCCCCUCCCCGCCUACAUUGUAUGACGUUCUUGAUGAGUGCACGUGAGAUCUCUGAGCGUGUGCAUGUGUGAUGAUAUAUCCUAGCUGUGAGUAGGGACAGGGCCUUGUCCCUCUAAAUAAGACUGUGUGGCCAUCCGAGCCCCAAUUGUUUUGCAAUUAGCUUUGUCUGGAAUUCUGCACCUGUAAAUUUGUCCUCUUGUUUAGUUGGAGCGGUUGAAUGUCUUGAGUGUCUUUUCCAUAUUUUGUUUCCUUAUAUUGUUUGCUUCUUUACCCAAAGACACUUGAAAUGGUUUCAUUGUGAGAUUUCUGCUACUGUAUGCUUUCCUACAAAUUGCAUAAAGCAAAGUUCCCUCCAUAAGGAGGAUCAUAUUUCUCAUGUACGAGCUUCAACCGAGGAUUUUUCUCUGCUCGUUUUUUUGAGCAGUUUUUAAAUGCUUGACUUGAGAGCUUUUUGAAAGCAUGGACUGUGUGGGUGGGAUUGUUUAGUUUUACCAAUCUGGAGCCUUUAAAUACUUUUUUGGUAUUCACUAGCUCCACUAAAGCAAUUUCUCCCAGGUGCAGAAUUCCUUGGGGCAACUUAUAUCGGCAAUUUUUUUUUUAUUUUUUAGGUUGGGUUUUGUUUUGCACAUGUUGUUUUUUUUCCCUCUUGAAACUCUGUCUACUUUGAAAAACAAGGUGCCUAAAAAUAACUACAAGCAAAAUGAAAGAAGGGGGUGGUGGAGCUUUAAAAAGCUUGUUUAUUUCCCAGCGAGCCACCCACCAAUAUAAAGAACAAUCUUUGAAUGGCUUUCUUGUUAAGUAAAGAUAACGAUAUGCAUCCCGAACCUGUUGGUUAAACAAUACUGUAUGUAAUGUGUGCUCUUUUUUUCCCCCCCUUUAGUUAACGUCAGACUUCAUAUAUGAGAACAGAUUUAUUGGGGAAAAAGUAAGGAGUUAGAAACUAAAUUAAAAAAAAAAAAAAGAAAAAUCGAAACAGGAUCAGUCAGUCUGCAAAGAUCACUGGCUUUCAGUUGAACCACGUUCAGAGGUCCCUAUGUACCUUUGUCAAUGGUCUUGAACGAAUAAGCAAAUUAAAGUUUUAUGAAAAUCAA